GAUGCUCUAACCGGAGACGUGCAGCAGCAGACAAGCCCCGGGCACGCAGAGGAUUCGACGUCUGCCGGGAACGAGCUGGACGGGCUGUUUUUUUGGGACCUUCACGUGCCUGAGGCAGUGACAUGGACCCGCCCGGGUGCCUCAGGCCCCAACGGCAGACCACCCGCCUUCUUCCACCUGCCAUCGCCCCCGCCAUUCGGGGCCCUGCUGGCGAUCUUUGUUUUCGCUUUCUGUGGUUCUGGAGCUCUGCAGUUCUCUGUGCCGCGGGGCAGCUGUCCGUCAGGGCCCGGCUAUCGUCGAUUCGAAUAUCUUGCAAGACCGUUCCGUGGUCUGCUGUGUGGCAAGCUGUGGCCUGGUCGAGGAGGGGAGCCCGAGCGAUGUCGUCCAAUCCAGGACCAGGCCAAUCCUCUUCGAAAGCGGCGAAAUCUUUGAAUCCUGCGCCAGGGGCGUUGGCUUCGUCUUACACAAACGCGUCUGCCGGUGAGGGAGGUUAUCAGAGACGCCCAGGUGGUUCUGGGAGCUUUGGGGCAGGGUUCGCGGCGAGGAACGCGGCGGCUGCCAGAAGUAGCCAGGUCCGGAAGGGCCAGCACAAGCGACAGCGGCGUCCUCGGCUGCUGGAUGAUGAAGAGUACAACGAGACUGCCGCCAUGAGGUCGAAUAAUAGUCGGAAAGGACAGACGUCCAUUACUCAUUUGAUGAACUUUUCUCUCCCCCCUCGCCCGCAGCACCAUCCUCCGCCCCUGCGCAAUAGUCGUCGGUUCCAGUCGUGGGGGCUGGGCUCCGGGUACCAUGCGAUGGACAAGGCGCGGUAUGUUCAUGCGAACUACAGGUUCAUUGUGGAUCCAACCCGGGGCUACCACGCACAAGCUGCAAACGCGGACGUGCAUCUGGACUGGGACUCGGUGAUGCAGGUUUUUGCCUCCGCUCAGACGCAGGCAGCCAGCUGUCCGAUCUGUCUAUCGAUUCCGGUAGCCCCACGGAUGGCGAGAUGUGGGCAUAUCUUUUGUCUGCCUUGUUUGAUCCGCUACAUGCAUUCGACAGACGAAGAUAACCCUGUGCCGGAGAAGAAGGCUCGCUGGAAGAAAUGUCCAAUCUGCUGGGAUACCAUAUUUAGCUCGGAAACGCGCCCAGUGCGAUGGUUCCGUGGCCAGGAGGGGGAUUUGCCUGUCGAGGGUGGAGAUGUUGUUUUGAGAUUAAUGAAGCGAGAGGCCGGGAGCACUCUUGCCCUUCCACGCGACGGCGCGGAAAGCCUGAGGCCCGAAGACGAUGUGCCCUGGUACCAUGCGGCAGAGGUCGCAGACUACGCACGUAUCAUGAAGGGUGGCGAAGACUACAUGGUAUCACAGCAUGAUGAAGAGAUUGAGGAUCUCCGACGACAGGAGUUGGAAGAUGAGCUUCUUUUUGGGGACGAUAACCAAUGGAUCCGGAAAGCCAUUGUCACCAUCAGUGACGCCAAAGAGAAGAUUCGAGGAAUCGGAAACCCUCCAGAGAUAACCCGCCAGUCUGUCGGGGAGCAAACCGGGCGAGAGCCCGGUGCACUCAAGUCAGUGCCUAAUGACAUUGCACCAACACACAUUUCACAGCAUGCCCAGGAACCUGGACAAAGUUCUCCCGCAGAAUCUUUUCCCUAUGCCGGAGCUGCCGAGCAAAGUGUUGGCUCGGAUCCUAAAUCCAACGCACCGGAUAAGCCCGAUCAAUUGACAAAUGGUAUGGCCAAAUUACAAGUUGCUUCACAGUCACAUGGGAAAGAGAGGCAGAGAGAGCACGGUACAUCUCGUUUCUUUGGGAAGGGAAAAGAGACGCAUGCUUCGAAUACUACUACCGACCAGCCGUACUACUUUUAUCAGGCUCUCCCCCAGUUUUACCUGUCACCUCUCGACAUCAGGAUUCUCAAGGCUGCCUUCGGCGACUAUCAUCUCUUCCCAGCCACCAUCCUUCCACGAGUCGAGCAUAUAUCGACCGGGCAUAUAGUGGACGACGAGCUUCGAAAACGAGCCAAGUAUCUUGGUCACCUGCCUCAAGGUUGCGAGGUCAAUUUCCUCGAAUGCGACUGGCGUGACGUCGUAGUCCCAGAGGUUCUAGAGAGUUUCCGGGCCGAGAUUGACCGACGGAGAAAACGAAAUAGAGAUAAAGAGGCCCGCGAGGAAAAGGAUCGGAUUCGCGCUGAAAAGGAAGAGGACGAGAAACGGUGGGCAGGAGCUCGGCGGAAAAGACUCAGCAUCGGUGCCACCGAUCUUGACCCUCCCUUUUCAGACCGCGAUUUCCAACCACUAGCCAACACCGUCGCCACAGACGGCCCGGAUUUCGAACUGGGAUCUUCUUCUGCAUCUCCUCCCCAGGCAUCCUCUGGUUUCGCAGUUCUGUCUUCUCCCUCCACUAGCCCGCCGGGAGCUCGCACCGUCUGGGGCACUACGGUUGUGGCCUCAACCUCUCACGCCCGUGGUCCCACGACGUCCAUGAAUGACGGCUGGCUCCGUGGCUGGGAAGAAGAGCUCCAGGCUCAUAGGGAAAGCGAGAUCAUCGCCCAGUCGGUUGCUGACCAAAAUGGUGCCUCCACCCCCAGCGCUGGUGGGAAGAAGAAGAAAAACAAGAAGAUUACACUCAUGUCCACUAACAUCCAAAGAGGAGCAUAGAGAUAAGGUCCAUGUGCCGCUCCCGUCAUCGCCUUAUUUAGGGCCAAUAUCCAGCUUUCCACUUGAAUUGUUCUAUCUCUUUCUUCCAGAAGAUGUACCAGGUGCUGUGAUGUAUAUUGGAAAGCAUACUACAAGCACAAUACUGGAUCCAACAGUUGAAAUGUGAUUUAUCUAUAAAUAAUUCAAUGCAAUACUCCGUUCUUGAAUAUAACAGCACUGGUAAACAGCAGUGCCAGUGACUGCCUUAGAAUACAAUGAUUAUAG